AAAUAUGAUUAUGAGAGAAAGGGAGGAAGCAGGAAGAAGAAAGGAGGGGCAGAAAAAUAUUUUGGGGGAAAUUGAGGGACAGAAUGAACUGGAGAUAGAACAGGAGAGAGAGAUGGAAGAAAAGCAGGAAGUGAUUAAGGAAGCAGAGGAAGUGUACAGGGAAAGAGAAGAGAGAGGAAAGGAAGUAAGCAUGAAGAAACAUGUAGUAGUUAAUGUUAAAGCAAAAGCACGGGAAGUCUUCAAUAGGCGUAAAGAGAGGAGGUUAGAAGUGUUGAAGGGGGAACGAGAACACAUAGAAAGAGGACAACAAAUCAGGAGGGAGAAGGAGGAAAGACGGCUGGAGAUGGAAAGAAAACAGGAGAGGGCAAGACAACAAGAGGAGCAGGAUAGAAAACAAGACAUUGAAAUUGCUAGACAGAAAGAAAUGUUCAGACUAAGAGAGGAGGAGAGGCAGAGAGAGGAAGAGAGAGAGGAGCAGAGAAAGAGAGCCAUUGAAGGCCAUUUAGCUUUAAUCAGAGAGAAAGAGAAGAUUUUAGAGGUAAAGAAAAAAGAGGAGAUGGUGGAAGAGGAAAGAAGGGAGAUCCCUGAGUACAAGAGGGGUGACUUAGAGGACACUGAAGAGGAGGAGGAGAAGGAAGAUGACAAGGUGGACAUUCUCCCACCUGAUAAAAGUAUCCGAAGGAGAGCUGUGGGCUGGGUAAACAAGAAGUGGGAGAAGAGGAACCUCAAAAAGAUAGAGAGAACCUGUCAGAGAGAAGCUGAGGAGGGCGAUAAGAUCGUCCACAUAGUCAUCCCUGGACCCAUAAGGCUAACCAUGACCCGGGCAGAGAGAGAGAGGGAGAAGAGGAAGGAGCUGCUGAAGGCUGAGGAGAGAAGGAAGAAGUUGGAGGAUUUCAAUAAGCAGUGGAGAGUGCAGUCGCUGCUUAAAAAAACACACUCAUCAACAACUGAAGGAGGAGAGGGAGAAGAUGAAUGA